AUUGGUUGCAUACGUCGUUGAUUGGUUACCUUUAUAUAGAGCCUUUCAUUCUUACAUUGCAAAUAUGGCAACACUGUUCGCGAGAGCAAAUGCGCGGAUUUGCGCAUUUCAGGUUGUUUCAGAACAGAUGUUUCGUUGUUUCGUUUGUCUGUUCUCCUGCAAGUUUUCGUCGAUAAACGGUUAGGAAACAGAAAAUGGUACCUCACGGCCCUUCGCCUGGGCACCAAACGUCCGUCAACAAUUCUUCCACCACGGCGGUUAGCGGGACGAAAAGCAACGCGACAUUGAAACCUACCUAUACAUUAAAAUAUACUUUGGCUGGUCACACUAAAGCAGUUUCAUCUGUUAAAUUCAGUCCCAACGGGGAAUGGUUGGCGAGCUCAGCUGCUGAUAAGCUUAUUAAAAUAUGGGGAUCUUAUGAUGGAAAAUUUGAAAAGACUAUAUCCGGUCAUAAACUUGGUAUUUCGGAUGUAGCAUGGUCCAGUGAUAGUAGAUUAUUAGUAUCAGCUUCUGAUGAUAAAACCUUAAAAAUAUGGGAAUUAAGUUCUGCUAAAUGUUUAAAAACAUUAAAGGGUCACAGUAAUUAUGUUUUCUGCUGUAAUUUCAACCCACAAUCCAAUCUCAUAGUUUCUGGUUCUUUUGACGAAAGUGUACGCAUUUGGGAUGUUAGAACUGGUAAAUGCCUUAAAACUUUGCCAGCACAUUCAGAUCCUGUUAGCGCAGUGCAUUUUAACAGAGAUGGCUCUUUAAUCGUAUCGAGUAGCUAUGAUGGAUUAUGUCGAAUUUGGGACACUGCCUCGGGACAAUGUUUGAAAACAUUGAUAGAUGAUGACAAUCCGCCAGUAUCAUUUGUCAAAUUCUCACCAAAUGGCAAAUAUAUUUUGGCAGCUACACUAGACAACACAUUGAAAUUGUGGGAUUAUAGUAAAGGAAAAUGCUUAAAAACAUAUACAGGCCAUAAGAACGAGAAGUAUUGUAUCUUCGCAAACUUUUCUGUAACAGGAGGAAAGUGGAUUGUAUCUGGUUCUGAAGAUCAUAUGGUAUACAUUUGGAAUCUGCAGACAAAGGAGAUUGUACAAAAACUACAGGGGCAUACGGAUGUGGUACUUUGUACGACAUGUCAUCCUACGGAUAAUAUAAUUGCUUCGGCCGCCCUCGAAAAUGAUAAAACCAUCAAAUUAUGGAAAAGCGAUACAUAAAGACGAUCUGCAAAUAUUUACUUUACUGUUACUUAUUAUCUCUUGUACAAAUCUUUAUUUUCAGUUUACAAAUGAUUACAUUGCAAAAGCACUCUGAUCAUAAGGUUCAUUUCAUAACUGUAUAAAAUAAUUAGAAAAUAUUAAAGUAAAUAUUUUAUACUAGAAA